UACAACGCCAGCUUCAAAUUGUGAGGUGAUGAGGCCAUUUGGGAAGUGGGUGGGUGCUAAACGUUGCAGCAGGGGGGGAGAGAAGGAAUGACUCUGAUGCGAAGAGUUUCAGCGAGCCUUCCUCAAGUUAUUGGAUUUGCAAGCAGGCCCUUCAAAUCCUUCAGAAUCCCGGGAGAUCCCCCGGAUUCCUCAACCUCUGCCGCUCUCACCCACGGAAUCCACGUCUUCCAGUGCCCUGAUGCGGUUGGGAUUGUUGCAAAGCUGUCGGAAUGUAUAGCUAGUAAGGGGGGAAACAUACUUGGCGCCGAUGUUUUCGUACCCGAAAACAAGCACGUGUUCUAUUCUAGAAGUGAGUUUAUUUUUGAUCCUGUUAAAUGGCCACGGGAGCAAAUGGAUGAAGACUUCAUUAAGCUGUCAAAAAUAUUCAAUGCUACGAGAUCUGUUGUUCGGGUGCCAAAUAAAGACUCCAAAUAUAAGAUUGCUGUCCUUACUUCAAAGCAGGACCAUUGCCUGGUUGAUUUGUUACACGGAACGCAGGAUGGAAGACUUCCAGUAGACAUAACUUGUGUAAUAAGUAAUCAUGAUAGAGGUUCAAACACCCAUGUGAUUCGUUUUCUUGAAAGGCAUGGUGUUCCUUAUCAUUAUCUACCCACAACCAAAGAGAACAAGAGAGAAGGGGACAUCUUGGAAUUGGUUCAGAAUACUGAUUUUUUAGUAUUUGCUAGGUACAUGCAGAUACUAUCUGGUAACUUCUUAAAGAGCUACGGAAAGGAUAUAAUAAAUAUUCACCAUGGCCUUUUGCCAUCAUUCAAGGGUGGUAACCCAUCUAAACAGGCAUUUGAUGCAGGUGUGAAAUUGAUUGGUGCAACAAGUCACUUUGUGACUGAAGAACUUGAUGCAGGGCCUAUUAUUGAACAGAUGGUUGAGAGAGUUUCCCACAGAGAUAACUUGCUGAGUUUUGUUCAGAAAUCAGAGAACCUUGAGAAACAAUGCCUUGCAAAGGCAAUAAAGUCAUACUGUGAGCUGCGAGUGUUACCUUAUGAGCAAAGCAGGACUGUUGUAUUUUGAGGGAAAGAAGGGAAUGAAGCCAUUGAAAGGGGGUGCGAACUAAAGAAUUGUCAGAAUCUGCACAGUAUCUUUGUAGAGAAUCAAAGUAGCUGAAAGAAAUUAUUAAAAACACUCGAAGUAAAUUUUUUGAGGCCAAUUCUUAAGUAAAUUCUCAAGGUAUGUUGUGCUUUUCACCAGAGUAUAUUUGUUCAUUUUUCCCCAUUGUGGAAAGAAUUAGUAAAAACUCUCAAGUAAAUUUUGACCUUUAUAAUUGUCCUGAACCAGACAUAAGGCCAGUACGUUGCAUGUGUUCUUUAUAUCUGCGUACAAGGAAACGACAAUUUCUUCUCACAUGAAAUGGGAUUGUGCCAUUGGUGAAGUUAUCUGCCCUACUCUUGCACUACAUAUACACAAAACAGAGCAUAUACUAUUUACUAAUACUUAUGAAUCCCAGAGAAUGUUCGGUUU